AUGAGAAAAGUCACGCACUUGCUCACCACAUCUCCAAAUUCCCCCUCGAUCUCGACCCGUAUCUUUCUCGUUCUGGCCAUGAAGCUCUACUCGAUGGACAGCAAGAGGCGCAUUGGCGCUCUCAUGGUUUCGGUGCUGGUGCUGUGCAUGGCUGCGCUCGCCGAACUCGCUUCUGCGCUGCGUGGCGAGGGCCCGACGCGGCUCGACCGGCGUCAAGCUCCGAACCAGAUGGCAAUCAGCUACCCGACGGCGCAGACGGGCUCGUUCAACAUGACGACGUUCAUCGUCCCGGUCCCUCUGGGCGAUGCCUAUUCGCUAGCUUCUCCGUACGAUCUGAUUCUCAACCACGGCCUUCCCGGGUCUGUCAUCCCCACGGGCACCUUCCCACUCCAGAUCGUCGUUGGGUACUUCUACGAUAUCCGGCAGCGGCUGGUGCUGGGUCUGCUGCCGCUGCAGGUGCAGCAGCUGUCGGUGGUCGAGGUGUACCUUCCCUUUAUCAACGUGCUGGGCACGGGCAUGCCGUUCCGACGCAGCGUGUCGACGUACAUGGACCAGCUCAUCCCCGCACUCGUCGGUGGACUCUCGCAGCUCCACGACACGCAGCUGGCGUACUUUGACCCCGCUCAUGCCGCGUACAAGUCGGCAGGUGGAUCCACACUCUCGUUCCAAGCCGCCUUGGGACUCGUGAACAAUAUUGAUGGACCGGGUUUGGUGUCGCCUGUGGUGCAGGCGGUGUUUGAGCGCACGACGAGCGCGCCCAUCUCGGCAGCCACAUUCCGCGCGAUGCUCGACCAGCCCUACUACACCACCGCCGGCACUGGAUGCAACACGGCCACGCUCUACUACAACUACUCGAACGCCAACCCGAGCUUUGUGCGCGGCGACGUGCAGACGUACGCGCCCAUCACCACGACCAGCACCGACUACCAGGAUGCCGUUGGCUACACUGCUGCCACAUGGCGUGGCCAAAAGAAAACAACGGCAAGCGCACAGUCCACCUCUGCGCAUUCUUCCCACCGCCCCACCACAUCCACACCUCACCGACACGAUGUGCGCUCCACCGCCACAGCCAUGACCGACACCUUACGAAGGCAUUCCGCCGAAGUGUACCACGCGGGCUCGGCUCGGCUGUCUGCGUCGAUCCGGCUGCGACCCGUGAGGGUGCGCUUCACCGAGCCGGGCGUGCGCGAUCUUUCGCUGCUGCUGCACUCGCUCGUUUCGCUGCGUCUUGUCCCAAGCGACGGCCCUGCAUCUCAGCAUGCCGAUGUGCUGUUCGACGCUGCAGACUCGCAGGCGGCUGUCGAGGAGCCGCACGCCGCGCCCGCCGCGGGCGAGGUCAUUGCGCUGCUGGCCGAGACCGGGCUGACGGGCGACGAACGCGUGCGGGCGAUCAAGGCGCACAUGGAGGCCGUCCGCGACGGUGUGGCAGGCAGACGGCUACGACUGAUCCAUGCGGGGCGUAUGCUGCGCGACGGUGUCGGCCUCGUGGGCUAUCUCGACGAGCUCGAUGCGCGAACCCGCGCCCAAACGCGGCAGGGACUUCGACACCUCGCGCUCGAUAAACAUGCUCGCCGUGCAACGGCACUCGAUGCAGAGAGCAGCGCAGAGAGCAGCAACGACGAGCAGCAAGACGACGAGGAGGACGAGCGUGUUGAGAGGCGAGAGAUGAGCGUACGCCAACUCGUCGAUUGGCUCACCGAGCUGCAAUCGCACCAACAUUCCGUCGACAGCAUGGAUGCUGCAUCAGCGAGUCGCUCGGGCAAGGGCAAGGGCAAAGCGCGUGAGCCGGUGUGGUACGACGAAGCUGUGCGCGUGGUGAUCCGCACGGCUGCACCCGUCUACCUUCAAUGCUCUGUCGGCGACGUCAUCCCGCCCGCCUCCUCGCCACCUGCGCACAUUGAGCCGUCGAACCCCUUUACCGACACCGACACCGAAGCAGGCGAGGAGCGACGCGGUUUCAAUCGGCUUCUGGACGCGGGCCUUUCUGCGGAGGAAGUAGAAGCGAUGCGCGCGCAGUUCCAACAGACGCAGCGCGUGGAUGCGUACGACCUGAUCCGCUCGCGCGAACACGCGGCGCACCUGCUCGAGCUCGAGGAAUCCUGGAUGGACAGCUUCGGCACUGCUGCGCCGGCCGAAGAAGCCUCGGCGUCCUACACGUCGGUGAUGCACGGUCUGCUCGUCGGCUUCUUCCUCCCGCCCCUCAUCCCGCUCUUCUGGUUCCGAGACCGCCCACACCCCAGCAGCAUCCCCACCUCCAUAGCGCCCGAUCCAGACGACCUGGACGACGAACAGUCCGCCGCGGCCCAACACCACGCCCUCACGCGCGAAAACGUCUUCUCGACCACAAUGCAGAUCGCCAUCCUGUGCGGCAUCAUCGCAAACUUGAUCAUGGGCAUGUUUCGAUUCAUCUGGUAG